GCAGCAUCCCGGCUUUAGUUCGGAUAAGGUUUGAUGGACAGUAUCUGAGUUCUGUAUCUUACUGUAUCGGGUAUUGUUAUCACUGCUUCUGAUAUGGUCUCGAUAAAAUUGAAGGGUUUACCGUUUUUAUCUUACUUUUGUUACGGAUCGCCACGGUAACGAGGCAGUGCGGUCAAAAUGAACACAGCCAUCUGGCUUCUAUGCUGCGCAGCGGCCGUGGCCAGCUGCUCCGGACUCUCAAUCCCAUUGAGACAAAAUCCGGAGACACUAUGCCGUGGUCAAGAGAACUUCCUGAGGAUCGCCUGCAUCGAAAGCUGCUUCCAAUACUAUCAGUGUUAUUCCGGCAACUCCUACCUGAUGCUAUGUCCACCAGGAACUUGGUUCAAUGAACCAGAACAGGUAUGUGACUGGUCACCUGCACCAGGGCACUGCGUCGAACCAGAACCUGAGCCAGAGCCAGAGCCUGAACCCGAGCCGGAACCCGAGCCAGAGCCUGAACCAGAGCCAGAGCCUGAACCUGAACCAGAGCCAGAACCAGAACAAGAUCCGGAACAAGAAGUCGCACCCCUCCAGGCUGAAGGCUCCGGCGAAGAAUGGCAAGACGAUGCAGUCAAAAACUACUUGAAAGCUUUCAAAACUGUCAAACAAGAAGAAGUUGUUGUCGAAGAUGGUAUCAUUGAAGGUGACGACGAAUUCGAUGGCGAGUAUCUUAAAGCCCAAGAAGAAAAUCUUGAUGAAGAAGAUUUACUCGAGAAAGCUAAGAAACUGAUGAGGCAAGAAGAAGUCGAGGAGGAGUCAGAAGAUGAACUAGCCAAGAAACGUCAGGUAGAAGAAGAAUCUAAUGAUGACGACGAAGAGCUCAUGAAGCGCCAAGAAGAAGAAAUAUCAGAUGAUGAAGUAGAAGAAGCUAAGAAACGCCAGGAAGAAGAAGUCGAGGAUCAAGUAGAAGAACUUAAAAUGCGUCAAGAAGAAGAAGAAGUUGUAGAUGAAGAAGAAGUUAUGCAGCGUCAAGAAGAAGCUGAAGAUGAAAUAGAAGAGGCCAAAAAACGCCAAGAAGAAGAAGAAUCUGACGAUGAAGUAGACGAAGCCAAAAAACGUCAAGAAGAAGAAGUUGAGGAUCAAGUAGAAGAAGCCAAAAAGCGUCAGGAAGAAGAAAUUGAUGAUGAAGUAGAAGAAAUCAAGAAACGUCAAGACGAAGAAGCUGAGGAUGAAGUAGAAGAAAUCAAGAAACGUCAAGACGAAGAAGCUGAGGAUGAAGUAGAAGAAAUCAAGAAACGUCAAGAUGAAGAAGCUGAGGAUGAAGUAGAAGAAAUCAAGAAACGUCAAGAAGAAGAAGAAGCUGCGGAUGAAGUAGAAGAAGUUAAAAAACGCCAAGAAGAAGAAGAAGAGGUAUCCGAGGAUGACGCAGAAGAGACCAGGAAGCGUCAAGAAGAAGAAUCUGAAGAUGAUGUUGAAGAAGCCAAAAAGCGCCAGGAAGAAGGAGAAAUUGAUGAUGACGUAGAAGAGGCCAAGAAACGCCAAGAAGAAGAGGACGAAGCUGAGGAUGAAAUAGAAGAAGCCAAGAAACGCCAAGAUGAAGAAGAGGAAUCCGUUGACGUAGAAGAAGUUAAGAAACGGCAAGAAGAAGAAGAAUCUGAUGAUGAAGUAGAAGAAGCAAAAAAACGCCAAGAAGAGAAGAAGUCAAAAAACGCCAAGAAGAAGAACAAGCUGAAGAUGAAAUAGAAGAAACCAAGAAACGCCAGGAAGAGCUUGAAGACGCCGAGGAAUCUGUAGAUGAAGUAAAACGUAUAAAACGUCAAGCAGAAUUCGAGGACAACGAUGAUGUAGAAGAAGUCAAGAAACGCCAAGAAGAUGAUGAAGAUAAUGAUGAUGAAGUCAACGAGGACGCUAAAGAAGAAGAAUCUAAGAGGAGUCAAGAAGAAGGUGACAAUGAAAUCGAACAGGAACCUGAAGAAGUAGAUGAUGAUGAAGAAUCUAAGAGAAGCCAGGAAGAAGACGAUUCCGGAAAUGACAAUGACGAUAAUGAUGCCGGUAAUGACAAUGACGACAGUAAUGAAUCAGAAGAUGAUGCAGAUGUAGACUCAGAAGCCGAUUUCAAGCGCAGAGUAAAGAAGUUCUUCAAACACGUGUUCAGAAUUUUAAACUAG